AUGACGGACCUCUUACCACUUGAAGAAUCUGAACAAGAUCGUGUGAAGGCAGUUCUUAAUGGCUUCCAAGUUAAUUACAUGAAUCUUCGAGAUGUUGACACAGGUAAAGUACUUUGGCAGCACAAUGAAGAUAUGUCCAAUCCUGAUGUUGAGCAUGAGGCAAGGGUACCGAAGCGCAUCCUGAAGUGCAGAGUAGUCUCCCGAGAGAUGAACUUCAGUUCUGUAGAACCAAUGGAAAAAUUUAGACUGGAACAAAAAGUACUAUUCAAAGGCAGAUGCCUGGAAGAAUGGUUCUUUGAAUUUGGUUAUGUUAUACCUAACUCAACUAAUACCUGGCAAUCUAUUAUUGAGUCUGCACCGGAGUCCCAGAUGAUGCCUGCUAAUGUAUUAAAUGGAAACGUCAUAAUUGAAACAAAGUUCUUCGAUGCUGAUCUGCUGAUAACAACAUCGCGUGUGCGACUUUUUUAUGUU